CUUUUCAGUAGUAUCGCGAAUACCCUCCAAAAUUCGAUAUGCCAACUGGAGUCUCGUUUUGAGCAUUGCCACUUUUGAGAGGCGAGGACAAUAAUGGACGCGGCACUGAACGAGGCACUGCGGCGGGGCAACCCGGUCGUGUUCUUCGACAUCUCGAUCGGAGGCGCGCCGGUAGGCCGCCUGCGGCUGGAGCUGUUCAAGAAGGACUGUCCGCGUACGGUUGAGAACUUCAGGCAAUUCUGCACGGGCGAGUACAGGAAAUCUGAGCUGCCGGUGGGCUACAAGGGCUGCACGUUCCACCGUGUUAUCAAAGACUUUAUGGUGCAGGGCGGCGACUUCCUAAAGGUAAGGCGCAGCUGGCUGUUUCUGCUUGCCGGCGCAUGAGCUCACAUGACGGCGGUGAACUGCAGGGAGACGGCACAGGUCGGAUUAGCAUCUACGGAGACAAGUUCGAGGACGAAAGCUUCGCCCACAAGCACACGGAACCCGGACUGUUGUCGAUGGUAAGGCGUGCACCGACUUCACUCCUUCUAAUCUGCUGUCAAGUUGCUGCCUGCUCACCUCCACUAUUAUGGUUGCUGCUACCACAGGCGAACAGUGGACCAGGCACGAACGGCUGCCAGUUUUUCCUUACCUGUGCACCGUGCGACUGGUUGGACGGCAAGCACGUGGUCUUCGGCAAGGUGCUGGACCCAGCUUCGCUGCUGCUGCUGCGCAAGAUGGAGAGUGUGCCCGUGGGGCCUAAUAGCAAGCCCAAGCUCUCUAUUACCAUCACUGAAUGUGGCGAGUUGUAGAUAGCUAUGAGGGCGUUUCCGCGCCAUAACUAAGAUACUUCUUACACCUUCAACUUGCCGUAGAAAUUCCGAGUGUAACGUGA